CUCCCCCACCCCCACCGGGCAAUGAAAGCUUUUGGGAAGCCGCGAAUUGUCAGCAAGAAGUGGAUCGUUGUAGUCAGCCUUAGUGGUUGAGGCAAGUGUGUGCUUCUGAGCUAAGGAAUGGCCAUGGUACAAAGAUUUCACUGGGGCCGUAAAGGAUUUAGUGACAAGAGAAUUUAAGUCCUCACGAGCAGAAAGAAGUCGGGCGUGCGUUUGAAGCCCGAUCUUCCGGGACCUGUGCUUUGCACUUUCCUUCCAGACCCGGUGAAACUUCAGCCUGCGUAGGCUGAGGUCAGAAGUGCCCGCCAAGAUGGAAGUGAAUCCCCCCAAACAGGAGCACCUGCUGGCGCUAAAAGUGAUGCGAUUGACUAAACCUACUUUGUUCACCAAUAUUCCUGUAACGUGUGAAGAGAAGGACUUACCUGGUGAUCUCUUUAACCAGUUAAUGAAAGAUGAUCCUUCAACUGUAAAUGGUGCAGAGAUUUUAAUGUUGGGAGAAAUGUUGACUUUACCCCAAAAUUUCGGGAAUAUAUUUUUGGGAGAGACCUUUUCCAGUUAUAUCAGUGUUCACAAUGACAGCAAUCAAGUUGUAAAAGAUAUAUUGGUGAAGGCGGAUCUGCAGACGAGUUCUCAGCGUUUAAACCUUUCAGCCUCCAAUGCUGCUGUGGCUGAACUUAAACCCGACUGCUGUAUUGAUGACGUCAUACACCAUGAAGUAAAGGAAAUUGGGACUCACAUCUUGGUGUGUGCUGUGAGUUACACAACGCAGGGUGGAGAAAAAAUGUACUUUAGGAAAUUCUUCAAAUUUCAGGUUCUCAAACCAUUGGAUGUGAAAACCAAAUUUUACAAUGCAGAGAGUGACCUCAGUUCUGUGACUGAUGAAGUAUUUCUUGAAGCACAAAUUCAGAAUAUUACAACCUCACCAAUGUUUAUGGAGAAAGUUUCACUAGAGCCAUCAAUAAUGUACAAUGUAACAGAAUUAAACUCGGUGACCCAGGCUGGAGAAUGCAUAUCUACAUUUGGGUCCAGAGGAUAUUUGCAGCCAAUGGAUACACGCCAAUACUUAUACUGCCUAAAGCCCAAGAAGGAAUUUGCAGAAAAAGCCGGCAUAAUUAAGGGAGUGACAGUAAUUGGGAAACUGGAUAUAGUGUGGAAAACAAAUCUAGGUGAAAGGGGACGGUUACAGACCAGCCAGCUUCAAAGGAUGGCUCCAGGUUAUGGGGAUGUUAGGCUGUCUUUAGAGGCCAUCCCAGACACUGUAAACCUAGAAGAACCUUUCCAUAUUACCUGUAAAAUCACAAACUGCAGCAGUGAGAGGAUGAUGGACCUCGUGCUGGAGAUGUGCAACACCAAUUCCAUCCACUGGUGUGGGAUCUCAGGACGACAGCUGGGGAAACUGCACCCCAGCUCCUCGCUCUGCCUGGCCCUGACGCUCCUGUCCUCAGUACAGGGGCUCCAAAGUGUCUCUGGCUUAAGACUCACUGACACAUUUCUAAAGAGAACAUACGAAUAUGAUGACAUCGCGCAAGUCUGCGUAGUCUCAGCAGCCGUGGAAGUGGAAGCCUAAAGAAAAUUCCUAAUGUUAGACUUCUUGUUUAAUCACAGAAAUGCUCUCUGUAUUUCGUCAGCUUUGUGCAGUGAUCAGUAGUGAAAACAAGUAUAUGUUAUUUAAAUGUUUCUUGUAAAACAGUUCAAUUUUAAACGUUUGUUGUAAAAACACUACUUUUAUCUUUCAAAUUAUAUUCUAGAGGAACAAAACAUUUCUUUAUUUUCUGUAUAUAUUUUGUGUCCUUUAAGAUACCUGUCAUUUUUUUUGUUUUCAACAAGCUCAUCUUUGAGGCUUUUUGUCUAACAAGUAUAUAAAAAGCAGUCAGCGAACCUUUUUGUAAAGGGCUGGGUAUCAGAUGUCUUAUGCUCGGUGAACAGAUGAAUUCUGCCAUCUGAGUAGGCAGGCAGGUGUAUCCGUGGUUGAUGGACCUGCUUGCCAAGGCCCCUAGGCUACACACUAACUCUGCUGGAAGACACCAUUUGCUUUAGGAUUAUCGAAUUUCCAUGAUACUUAAUAUAGAAAGUUAGUUGAACUAAUCAUGGUCAACUGCAUUCUCUUUCCUAGGUGCUUAGUCAACAAAGAGAGGCCUGUGUAAAACAAUUCAGCCAGAGAAACAUUUCAGUUGUUUUCAAAAUUGUUGUAUGGUUGCAUGUCUGUCUUAGUGUACACAUACCAACACACGUUAACAGACACUCGAGAGCAGGCCAGGAUUGACUGAUUUAAUUAGCUUUCAACAAUGUUAGCAAUUAUUUCACUUUAAUCUAAAGACUCCUGGGGUCUUCCCUACUGAAGAAUAAAGAGCUUAUUUUCAUAAUAUACAUUUAAAUGAUUCCAACUUCACAUCUGAUUUUUUUCUUUCUUUUUUUUUUUUUUUUUGGUUUUUCGAGACAGAGUUUCUCUGUGUAUCCCUGGCUGUCCUGGACUCACUUUGUAGACCAGGCUGGCCUCGAACUCAGAAAUCCGCCUGCCUCUGCCUCCCGAGUGCUGGGAUUAAAGGCGUCGCCACCACGCCCAGCUGUGACUUUUAGCUCUCUAUCAUGUACUAAUAUAAAAGAUUUAUUUGUCCGUUUAAUCACAAACAUUCGGGGGCUGGAGAGACGGCUCAGAGGUUAAGAGCCCUAACUGCUCUUCUAGAGGUCCUGAGUUCAAUUCUCAGCAAGCACAUGGUGGCUCACAACCAUCUGUAAUGGGUUCUGAUGCCCUCUUCUGGUGUGUGUGAAGACAAUGGUAGUGUACUCACAUAUAUAAGAUAAAUAAAUCUUUAAAAAAAUUACAACCAUUCAUGUCAGGAACAAAUCAGCAAGAAAACUAAGGCUUACAACAGCUUUGCAAUAGGUAUGCAUCAAAACGCUUCCCUGUUUAUUAGGGAAACAAAACCCAUGCUGUUAAAUAAACUUCAUCCUAGUUUGGCGAGUUCAAAAUCCCUACUAUAUAUUAAAAAUAUAACUCUUGGGCUGGAGAGAUGGCUCAGCAAUUAAGAGCGCUGACUGCUCUUCCAGAGGUCCUGAGUUCAAUUCCCAGCCAACCACAUGAUGGCUCACAGCCAUCUGUAAUGGGAUUCAAUGUCUUUUUCUGGUGUGUCUACAGACAGCAACAGUGUAUCCACAUACAUGAAAUAAAAAAAUUAAAAGUUCUAAAAAAUAUAAGUCAAAGACAAAAUCUGUUUUCUUAAAUGCAUAAUUAUUUAUUGCCAUGACAAAUUGUUUGGUCCAAAAUGAAAGGUAUAUUCAGAAGACUUGCCCCUCACAUACAUUAGUCAUGAUUGAUGAAUGUCUGUGCAAAACAAAAUAUAAGCAGUGAGAACUGAGGUCCGUUCCUUUGGGCUGACAGACUGGUCAAGUCGUAUUUAUCAGCAUCUUCUUAUGACUGAACCACUGUUUCAGUCAGUAGGAAUGUACAACUUAUUCUGCUAUAUUCUUUAGGUUACAAAGUCUCUUCUGUGUAUACACAACAUAGCUGUGUACUAUUCAUACUUUAAAUAAAGGACAGAUAAUGCCAUCUUA